ACGACAACGCGAGAAAAAUUAGUAUUUUUGCACUUCACAAAUUAAUGACCAUGAGCUCGUUUUUGAUAAACUCCAACUACAUCGAGCCCAAGUUCCCGCCCUGCGAGGAGUUCGGGGCGCCCGGCGGCCCUGACGGGGGAGUCUACCCCCCACCCCCGCAGCCCCCGCAGCCCCCGCAGCCCCCGCCGUCCCCGCACCUGCAGCCGCCCGCGGGGGCCGGCCGCUCGCCCCCGGGUUACUACCGCCCGCCGCGGCCCGGGCCAGGGUCGGGGUACCCGGCGCCAGCGCCCCCCGCCGCCCUCUACCCCGCGCCCCCCGCCGCCGCCGCCCGCUACCCGUAUGGCUACGGCCGCGCCAGCCCGGGCCGGCCCCGGCACGAGCAGCCCCCGCCCCCGCCGCCCCCGGCCCGAGGGUCCGCGGCCGCCCCCGCCGGACAGAGCCUGCUCGUGGCGGGCCACGUCCUGCCGCCCCCGCAGCCCCAGCCGCACCCCGCUCCCCCUCCGCCCCCACCUCCCCCGGCGCUCCCCCGUCGCAGCGAGGCCGCCCCCGCCGCCUCGGGCAGCCCCCCGGGGUGCCCCCUGCCCCUGGCGGACAAGAGCCUGUGCGGCCUCAAGGGCGGCAAGGAGCCCGUGGUGUACCCCGGGAUGAAAAAGAUCCAUGUCAGCACCGUCAACCCCAAUUACAACGGAGGGGAACCCAAACGCUCCCGCACCGCCUACACCAGGCAGCAGGUCUUGGAGCUGGAGAAGGAGUUUCAUUUUAACCGUUACCUGACCCGGCGGCGUCGCAUCGAGAUCGCUCACACGCUCUGCCUCUCCGAGCGCCAGGUCAAGAUCUGGUUCCAAAAUCGCAGGAUGAAGUGGAAGAAGGACCACAAACUACCCAAUACCAAGAUGCGCUCCUCGGCCCCGGCCCCGGGGAGCCAGCCCUCCAAGGCACAGACUCAGGGCCCGCAUCUUCACCCUCGCCACCAGCCAGGUGCCUCCACACCCAACUCUUCUACGCUAUAAUCGUCCACAUCCCCAGAUCGAUUUUAACCCCCCUCUGCUUCUUCCUUUCUUCUUCUGCCCCUCUUUCUUCCCCACCCCCACCUUCUGUCUGGACCAAAAAUAAACACCAACACAAUCCCCAA